AUGCCAGCGAGAAGGAGAGACGGCGAGGGCGAGGGGGGCGCAUCCCCACCCUCAGACGUCCCGGGAAACAAGAAGCGCAAGGUGCACAGAGCCUGCGACGCGUGUAGGAGACGAAAGAUCAAGUGCAAUGGGCCCAUGGACAGCCGUAUCAAUGACAAGUGCGCUUAUUGCAUUAAGCUUGGGCUCGAGUGCACCUAUAACAACGACACUAGCAAUAAGAGGGGACCAUCAAAGUCGUAUGUACAGAUGCUGGAACAGAAGUGUGGCAGGUUGGAGACGCUGCUGAGCCAGGCAUUCCCAGAUGUGGACCUUCGCACCUACGUCGGACCAGAACUGGAUCUCGAUACAUUCGAAAUCACUGCGUACUCUCAAGCGCUCGCAUCUUAUGGAAUACCCCCAUAUCCCUCGGUCAAACCCCUCCCCGUCCCUUCGCCACAAGUCUCCGCCCCUGUGCUGAAUCCUGAACCCGUCACAUCCUCUCUCGUGCCUCGCGCUGGAGAAAAAGUGCGUAGGGGUAAAGACGACGUCAGGCAAGACCAGCAAACAGCCGAAGAGCUCUCGCUCGCUAGAUUCAUGAGCCGGCUCAAUGCUCGGGGUGCUCAGGGGCGAAAUUACGACAAACCUUCCCCCGCCUUCCUGGUAUACCAGCUGAAAGAGUACAGAAAGAGCUGUGCGCAGAACCCACAGCUUAUCGAGGAUCUCAAAAAGACGAGGAGGUGUCAAUUCUGGGACAUGCCGCAGUGGGAAACUGACAUGACCGAUGAGGGACUUCGUCACGCCGACUGGUCUAUAUGGCCCUCAAAAGGUCUAGACAAGCUCCUUAUCGACGCAUAUUUCGACCACGUCGACCGCUUCCUCCCAUUACUCAAUCGCCCCCGCUUUCAGCAAGAGUAUGACCGAGCGCUCUGGCGGAGUCACUAUGGCUUUUCGCGCGUCUGCCUCAUGGUGUUUGCGAACGGCGCCAAGUUUGUGCAGGACUCUCGGGUGAAGCUAUCACAAGAAGACUUGCAGGAUAUGGAAAGUGCAAGCUUUACUGCUGGGUGGAAAUACUUUCGCGCUUUCAUCAAAAUGGGGCAGAAUCCCUUGCAGUGCCCUACCCUCUUCGACCUCCAAACCUCUGUGCUUCUUUCCCAGUUUCUCCAGGGAUCGACUACUCUCCCGCACAGCCUCCACAGCGUCUACUCUAUCGGCAUCAGCUCUGCACAAGACCUUGGUAUUCAUAUUCGCUCACUCAUGGAGCGCGUGAAUCCUGUAGAGAGAGAACUCUACGUCCGCGCGUACUGGUGCCUAUACCAUAUCGAUAGGCACAGCAGCGUGUUCUUCGGUCGUCCGAUGGCCAUGCGAGACGUCGACUUUGAUAUCGACUAUCCCAGAGAUGUCGACGACGAGUACUGGGAGAGUGGAGAUCAGAGCAGCCGGUUUUUAAAGCCGCAGGGAAAGGUCUCUCGGGUAGCUGGGCACAUUCAAAUCCUCAAGCUCGACCGUAUCAUGGGCCAGAUUUUGCACGCCAUCUACACCGUCAACAUCUCCCGAGAUACCAACAUCACCAACGCAUAUCAAAGUUCAGGCCAACUGCUCGAUACCUGCCUCAACCGCUGGCUGGCCGAGUUGCCUAGCGAGCUCCGCUGGGACCCUACCUGCCCGGACUUUGGCGUCCUCCAACAGACCGCCGGCCUGUUGCUGUACUUUUACUAUUGCAAGAGUCUCGUGUAUCGCUCUUACGUGACGAUCAGCUUUUCCGACCCUGCCGACCCUAAUCAUACCCUCAUGCCUCUUGCAGCUUGUCUUGCAGCGGCUCGCUCCAUCUCCGAUAUCAUCUACACCACCCUGACUCGGGCCAGACAAGAAGGCGUCCCUCCGGGCCACGCUCUCAAUGUGUCUUUUAUGCUACCUGCGUGGUCUGCUGGCAUGAUCUUUCUCUUCAGAUUGUCUCUUGUACAAGAUACGAGCGACGAGAAACAAAAGAUGUUGCGCGAGAUGAGGCGGCUUAUAGAGGGGACGAGGGAUAUGGAGCUGGUAUGGAAACAAGCCGGAAAGAUGACCGACUUUUUCGAGCACCUUACGAAAGAGGUGGAGAAGCCGAGAUCGACAGUGUGGCGGCCGGCCGAGGGAGGAAGUGGGGCAGAAAGGGUGGAAGACCGGCAGCUGAUCCCGUUGUACAUUAUCAAUUCGUCCCCGCGUGAUCUCCCGCAAGGUCAGCCGCAGUCGCCGGAUAUCUUGGAGGCGUGGAUGAAGAUGGAUGCGUUCGAGUUUCAGAUGCUAGGGACAGGCGCUGGGGAUGCGGGGUCGGAGCCGGAUGAGGAGUGGUGGAUCAAGCUGUAUGAGCAUUAUAUGUGA